AUGCUGAGCUUCUUUUGCAGAAGAGGUGCACAUGGUAUCUUUUUGUUUUCAUUACUUUCUUUCACGGCAAUUACUCAUGGAGCCACCUUCGACAUAGUGAACCAAUGUGGUUACCCAGUCUGGGCAGCAGCUGUACCUGGUGGUGGUCGACGACUAGGGACAAACGAGGCCUGGAGAAUUGAUGUAGCUCCUGGAACAACCAGAGCCCGCAUAUGGGGUCGAACAAAUUGUAACUUCGAUGAUAGUGGCCGUGGCAGAUGCCAAACUGGUGACUGUAACGGACUUCUCCAAUGUAACAGUUAUGGUCAACCACCGAAUACUCUAGCAGAGUAUGCACUCAACCAAUGGAAUAACUUGGAUUUCUUCGAUAUUUCUCUCGUUGAUGGAUUUAAUGUACCCAUGGACUUUAGUCCUACUAGUGGUUGUCGGGGUAUUAGAUGCGCGGCCGAUAUUAAUGGACAAUGCCCAAAUGAAUUGCGGGUACCAGGUGGCUGUAACAAUCCAUGCACAACUUUCAGGACCGACCAGUUCUGUUGUAAUUCAGGCAACUGUGGACCAACUUACUUCUCAAGAUUUUUCAAGGACAGGUGCAGGGAUGCUUAUAGUUACCCCAAGGACGACUCGACUAGUAUGUUUAGUUGCCCCGGUGGUACAAAUUACAGGGUUGUCUUUUGCCCACGUUAAGGCGCCGCAGGCACGACUUAUUGCUAGUUAUUGGAGAGCUUCUCGAAACCUUAGUUCAUGUAAUGAGAACUGUAUGCAUGAUCUAGUCUACCUAAAAUAAUGACGAAGCUUUGAAUUCGGUUGUCUUUGUAAGGCUGAAAAAACUAGCUAGUUAAUAAAAUUCCGGCAAAAUUAUAUUUGUGGAACAGGAACAUUCAAAUUUCAAAAUUUUAAGAACAAAACAUUUUUAUAAACUUGAAAUAUAACAUGAUUUCAAUUAUCAAUUGGGACAAGUUAAGAAAAAUAAGAAGCUAACAACACAAAAAGAAGGAUUGUUCUUCAUACAAACAAUACACCCCCGUAACAUAUACGCACAACAGAUAUCCAGAUUCCUUGCAUACUAUGGCACUUUUCCUGCGUUCACCAGUCACAUUGUACAGUACAUGAAAAUAUUAGUGCAAACCUCAUGAAAUACCUCAAGUAUUAUUGACCGAUACUCGGCCGAGUUCAUUGAUA